CUUUAGAUUUUUUCUUUUACCUUUUCUUCCGAUAAAAAAAGAUAAAUUUAGAAAGUGGAGUAAAAGAAUUUUGAUUAUCACUUUCCAACUUACCAUUGUUCUCGCGUUGGAAGAGAAUUAAAAGUCUUCAUAUUCUUCUGCAAAAGUCUUGACGACGCACUGUUUCUCUCCAUCGCUCUUCUGCUGCUUUUCCUUCACGUUUUUGAUCAAAUGGCCUCCAGUACCGGCGUCGGAGACGGCGGAUGCCCGACUCUGGAAUCAGUCCGGAAGAGCCUGGUCCGACAGGAGGACACCAUCGUUUUCUGCCUCAUCGAGAGAGCCAAAUUCCCGACCAAUUCGCCGCUGUACGAUGAACAGUCAUCGUCUUCUUCGCCUGCUUCCCGGGUUCCGAUGUGGCCCGGUUCCAUGUUCGAGUACAUCGUCAGAGAAACCGAAGCUCUUCAAUCGAAGGUCGGAAGAUAUCUAUCCCGAGAGGAAAAUCCCUUCUUCCCCAAUGACAUCCCAUCCCCAUUUGUGCCAUCUAGAGAGCAUACACUGUUCUUGCAUCCAGUGGCAGAUUCUGUGAAUGUCAAUGAGAAAGUGUGGGAUCUGUAUUUGAAUCAGUUGCUGCCGCUUCUUGCGGUUAAGGGUGACGAUGGUAACUAUGUGCCCACUGCUUCCGCUGACAUACAUUGCUUGCAGGCACUGUCUCGGAGGAUACAUUAUGGGAAAUUUGUUGCCGAGGUUAAGUUCAGGGAAGCUCCUCAUGAUUAUACGCCUGCUAUUAUUGCCCAGGAUAGGGAAGCUCUGAUGAAGCUUUUGACAUUUGAAGCUGUUGAAGAGAUGGUGAAGAAGAGGGUAGAGAAGAAAGGCAUGGAGUUCAGCAAAGAGGUUACCGUUAAUGGUGGCGGCGCAGUAUCAACCUGCAAGAUUGACCCGUCGUUGCUCUCUCGGCUUUAUGGAGAAUGGGUCAUCCCUCUAACCAAGCUAGUUGAAGUUGAGUACCUUUUGAGAAGGCUUGAUUGAAGACCCCUAGGGAAACUAUCAAGUCCCAAAUGUUUUAGGGGAUAUUUGGCAAAGUCAUUGUUAGCUGUUUGUUGGUUGGGUUUACUCUUUGAAUUGGCGGUUUGCCAUGGCUGUUUAACUUGGUUGUUUAUAGAGGUUAAUCUACUUGAAUUAAUAACUCCCUCCGUUCCAAAAUAAGUUGCUUGUUAAAUG